CAGGUAUAGAAUAAAUGGUGAUACUAUAUGAAUAAAUAGCAAACUGAUACUUAACACAUUGCAAAUUGGGUUUUUCUUUUUUUUUUUAUCAAAAGUUUUGCUGUAGAGAACACCAGCAUUUAAUUUUCCAUCUUAUUUUGUUGUUGAAACCGAUGGGAGGAAGUACCGUUGUGAGGGCUGGCGCCAGGAGUAAUAAUUUACAAACUGACCAAUGAUUCCGUGUUUGCCCCUCCCCCCAUGUUCUCAUAGGAGAGUCUGUAAGGCUUUCGUGUUGAGUGCCAAGGGGACAAUGAGUGGGCGUGACUUCACACCCUAACCACGCCCUCUAUCACUCUUCCUACUUGUUGUGCAGUUCCCCAUCAGGUCGUAAUCACGCCAUAUAAAGCCUUGCUCGGAGCUCACGUUCUUCAUUCGUCUGUGAUUGUCAUAGAAGAGUACCAUGUCUGGCAGAGGUAAAGGCGGAAAGGGUCUCGGGAAAGGCGGUGCUAAGCGGCACAGGAAGGUUCUGCGUGACAACAUCCAGGGCAUUACCAAGCCUGCAAUUCGCCGCCUGGCUCGCAGGGGAGGAGUGAAACGUAUCUCCGGCCUCAUCUACGAAGAGACUCGCGGGGUGCUGAAGGUCUUCUUAGAGAAUGUUAUCCGGGACGCCGUCACCUACACCGAGCAUGCCAAGAGAAAGACUGUGACCGCCAUGGACGUAGUCUAUGCUCUCAAACGCCAGGGCCGCACUCUCUAUGGCUUCGGAGGGUAA